AUGGCUUCCGAACUUCCUCCCUUGUUGAAUGAAUCCAGAAGCAAAACCAAAGCUUCCUACAAACGACUAGGAAGCAGCGGACUCUGGGUCUCGGUCCCUAUUCUUGGUGGCAUGAGCAUAGGGUCCUCAGAGUUCGGAUCCUGGAUUCUCGAGGAGGACAAGGCACUUCCUCUGUUGAAAGCUGCAUACGAUCGCGGACUCAAUACUUGGGACACGUCCAACAACUACUCGAACGGCGUAUCAGAGGAAAUUAUCGGCAAGGCCAUCAAACAUUACAAUAUUCCUCGAAAUAAACUUGUCAUCCUCACCAAGUGCUGGGCACCCGUUAGCGAGCACGAAAAUGUAUACGUCGUUCCAUUCGCAGACGAAAUGCGGCAAGACAAGGAAUACGUCAACCAAUUUGGUCUCUCUCGCCAAGCAAUCUUCAACUCGGUCAAUGCCUCACUCCAACGACUCGGCACAGAUUACAUCGACCUCUUCCAAAUCCAUCGCUUCGACCAUAACACCCCCAUCGAAGAAACAAUGGAGGCCCUGCAUGAUUUAGUUCGAAGUGGCAAAAUUCGCUACAUCGGAGCUAGUUCGAUGAGAACGUAUCAAUUCGCGAUGAUGCAGUUUUGUGCCGAGAAGCACGGAUGGACUAAGUUCGUUUCUAUGCAGAAUCAGUAUAGUCUGAUUUAUCGGGAGGAGGAGCGGGAGAUGAAUCGCUUUUGUAAUGAGACGGGUGUUGGCCUAAUUCCGUGGAGCCCGCUUGAUGCCGGUCGACUUGCACGACCUCUUCAGCAAGUUGGGGCAACUUAUCGUCUAGGGAACACCCUUCCAAGCGAUGUUCUGAAUGCAGAUGCAGAGAUUAUCAAUCGAGUGGAAGAGCUAGCCAAGAAGAAGAAUUGGACUAUGAGUCAGGUAGCACUGGCUUGGGUGAGCCGUCGUGUUGCAAGCCCCAUUGUCGGCUUUAGCUCGGUGGAAAGAAUUGAUGAAGCUCUGGAAUAUGGAAUUAGGACCUUGACACUUGAGGAGGAGGCUUAUCUGGGGAGCCCAUAUGUACCUAAGGAAGUUGGUGGUCAUGAUUAA